UUAGAAUUCACUGGGGAUAGCGGCUUUCCGUCUAGAGUUCCUGCGUUAUAACGAAUCCGCGUCGAAAAGUCUAAGGGCUGUUUGACAUCGCCUCUCCCACGUGUUCUCUUCCAUCCAGCGGCUGCGGCGCCCGCCCUGAUCUAGACCCUCCGCCCCUAGACUGGACUGGCAACGCAGCCCCCCAGCCUCGCACUGGUGUCGGAUGCGAGAACCUGUGCUUAAGUAAGAAAUCAGGCUUCAUUGGAGACAUUCAAGCAAAGGUUGGACAACUAAUUUUCCAGAACAAAAAGGAAACUCAUGCAUCAGAAAAGGAAAUUUCACUGGGACCUGAUAGGAAUUACAUUAAGCCUGUAUAUUAAUUCUGGGUGACUAAUAAACAUAUCAAAAGAAUAUGGCUGCACAAAUACCAGAAUCUGAUCAGAUAAAACAGUUUAAAGAAUUUCUUGGAACCUACAAUAAACUUACAGAAACCUGCUUUUUGGACUGCGUUAAAGACUUCACAACAAGAGAAGUAAAACCUGAAGAGACCACCUGUUCAGAACAUUGCUUACAGAAAUAUUUAAAAAUGACACAAAGAAUAUCCAUGAGAUUUCAGGAAUAUCAUAUUCAGCAGAAUGAAGCCCUGGCAGCCAAAGCAGGACUCCUUGGCCAACCACGAUAGAGGAGUCCUGAUGGCUGGACUUUAGAUGAAACAUUGCCAGCAGCUGUUGUGAUGGAAAUGAGGAUUCAUCUGAUGGAAUCCCCUGAAAGCAGUAGCCACCAUGUUAAACUGUCAUGACUGUCUGGCAAGUGGGAAACAACUAGAGAAACAAAAUUGCUAUUUACCAUGAAUAAUCAAAAUAGAAGGUCUUAUUGUUCAAUCAAAAUAAUAAGAUGCAACAUUUGUUGAGGCCUUAAGAUUCAGCAGCUUGGUAACUUCAUUAGAUAAAUAAACCAUUGUUUCUUCAAUUGUGACUGUUAAUUUUAAAAGCAAAAUAAUGUGUUCAAUCAUGUAUGAGAUAGAAAAAAUUUUUUAUUACUAAAAGUAAAAUAAAUGGAAAUAUCACUGA